UUUCAUAAAAAUUAUUAAAAAAAUGAUUCACUAAUUUUGAAACUAUAACAUUAACGGAUCGUGGGUUAUAUACAUAAUAAAUAUUUAACAAGAGGCUAAAAUAUUUAAAUAGUAUUAUCAUUUAUGAAAUGAGCAACCACAUACCUACACUUUCAUUCCGGGGGUGCUCUUCGCAAACACAUACCCACCUCACGUUUACUAUCAUUCCAAGGGUGCUCUUCUCGCCGCGUUGCGUGCGUGCGUGCGUGCUUCAACACCAAACGCCACACACCAAAACGCCACCCUUUCUCUACACUCGCAACAUUCUAUAAUUUUCCAAAGCUUUCACUCUUAUGAAGCUAGGGUUUCCAUUUCACUCACCCAGGCCAGGAAUUGAGUAACCUAUGUUCAGUGAUCGUGAUUGGAAGGUUGCAAUUUGGUUUAUCUGAUAGUGUAACUUCGUACCAGCCGUUGAAGUGACCGAACACUAGAAGGUCAGUCUCUAACAACUAAGAAGUUUGGAAGGUAAUCCUGAUUUUUCUUGUAGUGAUGCAGGAAAUGCUCGGUGACUUGUCCUAAUUGCAUCAUUAAUUGAAAUUCAAGGCUCGGAAAGCAUUAAUUUAGAUGUGCAGUAGUUUUCUUUUUUCGAGUGUUAAACACUAUGUCUAUUAGAAGAUCCCCAUUCCCUCGUCUCCUCCUCAACAAUGUGUCUUGCAUGAGAAAUGCCCAGCAAGUUCUGCGUCAUGUGAAUGUCUCUAUCCAUGAUGGUGGGGCACUUGUGCUAACAGGUGCAAAUGGCUCGGGAAAGACAACUUUCUUGCGCAUGUUAGCUGGGUUUUCCCGUCCUUCCGCGGGUGAAAUCCUUUGGAAUGGUCAUAACAUUCAAGAAUCUGCAAUAUUCCAUCAGUAUAAGCUUCAGCUUAAUUGGCUCUCUCUCAAGGAUGCCAUUAAUGAUAAAUUUACGGUUCUUAACAAUGUACAAUGGUUUGAACUUCUUGAAAGCAAGGAAGGGAAGGCUUUGCCUGCACUUGAGUUGAUGGGACUAGGAAGAUUAGCCAAUGAAAAACCACGGAUGCUAUCUAUGGGCCAGCGGAAGAGAUUGCAACUUGCCAGAUUGCUUGCAAUUGAUCGCCCCAUAUGGUUGCUAGAUGAGCCUUCAGUUGCACUAGAUGAUGAUGGUGUGAAGUUACUUGAGUAUAUCAUUGCAGAACAUAGGAAACACGGAGGAAUUGUGAUUGUGGCGACCCAUCUACCCAUUCAGAUAGAAGAUCCCAUGAUCUUGAGGCUUCCACCAAGGUUUCCAAGAAGGAUGACCCUAGUGGAUAUGCUUGACCGGGCAGAUAUCAGUUGAUUCCUAUUUUUGUUCACAUUUUUGUCAAGUUCUGCUAUCAGUUCUCGCAAUGUUUUGUAUCUUCCAUAAAAAACACUUUUAAGAAGCCCUGAAAAUCAUAUUUUGUGGGGGCAAUCAGGCUUCAGCUGAAAAUGCGAUAAAAUUAUUAUUCUGCA